GCACCCUUUUAUUUGCCUAUUUUGGCCGACAAACUAUUACUACUCCAGAGUCCAAAUCAAUUAAUUAAGCAUCUGACGCAACCCAUAUUUUCUGAAACUCAAAUCGUCACUAAAGAAACAUGGCAGCCAUGGAUGCAGCCUCCGGCUACGACCGCAUGAAGGAGCUCAAGGAGUUUGACGAGUCCAAGAUCGGCGUGAAGGGCCUCUCCGAUUCCGGUAUCACUUCCAUCCCUCGCUUCUUCGUCCACCCGCCGGAAACCCUCUCCGACCUCAAAUCUUCCUCCACAUGCACUAGCAUCCCCGUCAUCGACCUCUCCGCCGCAAACUCCACCACUCGCCGCCGCCAAAUCGUCGAACAAGUCAAAGAGGCAGCCACGACAUGGGGCUUCUUCCAGGUGAUCAACCACGGCGUACCCAUGUCAGAACUAGACGAUACCAUCAAUGCCAUCAAAGCGUUCCAUGAAGAACCCCACGCGGUGAAAAGCAAGUACUACAAACGCGAUGAGGCCCAGGGCGUGAUGUAUGCGAGCAACAACGACUUGUACCGCGCCAACGCAGCUGCGUGGCACGAUUCGUUGCAAGCGUGGAUGGGUCCAAGGCCACCGAAAGUGGAGGAUAUACCAGAGGUUUGUAGGAACGAGGUGGUGGCAUGGGAUAAGCGUGCAACCGAGGUGGCAGAGAUUGUGAUGGAGUUUCUGUCAGAAGGGUUGGGGUUGGAGGCUGGGAAAUUCAAGGAGUUGACGUUUUCUGAUGGGAGGGUCUUUGUGGGUCAUUGUUAUCCGUACUGCCCUCAGCCAGAUCUGACGGUGGGGAUUACAUCGCAUACUGAUCCGGGUGUGGUGACGGUUCUGCUGCAGAACCAUGUUCCUGGGCUGCAAGUGAAGCACGGGGAUGAGUGGGUAAACGUAAAUCCAGUACCCGGAGGUUUGAUCAUUAACGUUGGAGACUUUCUUCAGAUAAUCUCUAAUGGAGAGUACAAAAGUGUACAACACCGUGUGUUGGCUAAUUCUUAUAACGAAGCACGGAUCUCCAUCGUCAUGUUUUUCAACAUAGGCACAUUGAAGGAAGAUGACUAUUGUGGACCUCUGCCGGAGUUGUUGUCAUGGGAAAAACCAGCUAUCUAUCGAAACUUCACCAUGAAGGAAUAUUUGGAGAAUUUUUAUCACAAAGGGUUGGAUAGUAAGAGUAUGAUUGAUAAAAUUAAAAUACAAAAUUAACUAGCAUGUCAUGUACGUUUCAUAUAUAUAUACCAAGUAUUUUGUAAAUAAAAGGGAUCGCUCGAUCCCUAUCUAAUUGAUCAGCUUUGCUACAUAUGGAAGCACCUAUGUUAUCUA